AUGGUGCUGGUGCUUAUUAUCGGUGAUUUACAUAUCCCGCUUCGGGCCCAUGAUUUACCGACGAAAUUCAAGAAGCUGCUGGUACCUGGAAAAAUCCAGCAAAUUGUAUGUACGGGAAAUGUAUGCGACGGGGAGACCUACGAGUAUUUGAGAACGGUCGCUGCGGAUGUUCAUGUGGUGCGAGGAGACUUUGACGAUAACCCGGCGUAUCCAAUGUCCCUAACCCUCCGACACCCGCCGCUUACGUUGGGAGUUGUACAUGGCCACCAAUGCGGCCCUGCAGGAGAUAUUGACGCGCUUCACGGAAUUGCUCGACAACUAGAUGUAGACAUUCUUGUCAGUGGGCACACGCACAAGUUCAGUGCGGUCGAGCACCAGGGAGUGUUUUUCGUUAAUCCGGGGUCGGCAACUGGAGCCUGGUCGGGUAGCUCUGAUAGUGGACUAUCUUCGACGCCUUCCUUCUUGCUUCUAGACAUCCAAGGGCCAGCUGUGGUGACCUAUGUGUAUCAGUUGGUGGAUGGUGAUGUGAGGGUAGAAAAGAUCGAAUGGAGAAAGCCUGUUGAACAGGAGCUUGAGAGGCGUCGAAUGAAUGAUGGAGCCUCAAUAUUCAUCGCCGAUCGCGACCCAGGAGCCUUGCUCGAUUAA